AACUUACUCAUAUUGCACCAAAUAUAAAAGUAGAUGAAUUACAUCUAAAAAUAUUAGAUGUAACCUUAUCUAUGAGAUUAAAGAAUGAAGAUGAUGAAAAUGAUAUUUAUUCAAUAGAUGAAAUCAAAGAAGAGCUUUUUAUAUUAGAAGAAAAUUAA